AUGGACUCCAAAGAAAUCAGUCCUAGAAUCGUCUGCACCUUUGACAAUUGCAACCGUACCUUCGCUACUCAGAAAGAGCUUCGAAAGCACAAAAUCCAGUUCAUUGACCAUGAAUACUGUGCCCGUUGCGACCUGGACUUCGAAGAUGAGAGAGAAUUGUUCGCCCAUAAACUCGAGAGCAACAGCCAUAUUGUCUGUCCUUGCUGCGGAGAAGAAUUUAAAAGCGAGGGAGGCAAGAACACACAUUUUACUCAGUUCCAUAGGGCCAACCAAGAGAUGGUCUGCCACUUCUGCUCUGCCAAGUUCAGCCGUGCCCAUGCGUACAUGUGUCAUAUAGAAAACGACCAGUGUCCGUCGUUCUCUGCAGAGCGGUAUAGGGAACAGCGAGUCAAAAAGGAAGCUCUCAGGACCGUGAUGUCCCGGGUCUUGGACCCUAUUGGAAACGGAUUGGAGCUUCCUGGUUCAUCUAUCACUUCGAGCGUGGAUGGUGGCACUGGCCUCUGUCUCUUAGAUAGGCAUGAAGCAAUGUCCACGCUGGAUGCGAGCAGUAAGCCGGCCGCCACAGGGAGCAGUGGUGGAUGGGACACGGCCUCUGUGCAACUCCGCGGUAUGAGCCUCUGGCCAACUCUCGGAGAAGGGCAAGACGUGGAGAUGGACCCGGAGGAGAGGGACUUCACGACGUAUUCUGAUGCGGGAUUUUGCCGUGACGAGGAGGGAUCUAGAAGUAGUUUCCGACAGACAACCCCGCGCGACAAAAACGCCCUUUUGAUCGAUUUUGACGAGACGUCAUCAAAGGCAUCCGAGAAAACUUGGGGAACUUGGGAAAGCAAAUUUGCCGCAUCGCCUAUUCCUCGGACAGGCGGGGCUGUCGAGAAACGCCAGCAGGAACCAUGGAGUCCUUCUAAGUUCUUCAGUCCCGCUAUGGGCAAGUGGGUAUGUGUAUGUGAUAAGGUAUUUGAUAGUGAGAAAGGAUUCGAGAGCCACAUUAAGUCUGGUAUCCAUAUGGGUGGUGUUUUCCGCUGCCCCGGCUGCUUGCGCAUGUUUAAAACUAGCACAGCAUUGACAGCGCACUGCGAAUCCGCCACGGUGCGUUGCAAAGUGAAUAAGGACGAGAACUAUGCCCGCAUAAUGGAUGAAAUAUCCGCCGGACUGAUCGAGCCAGCCGGAGAGAAUGAAGAUGGCUCUAUCAGGUAUCGAACCGUCCUGCCAUCUCAAACUGGAAUUGAUUGGAAGAAAGUUGUGUGGUAA